ACCUCUGCCUGGCUGUCAGCUUCGCCUCGACCACGUAGCAGCUUCCUGGCAGCAGCUUGUGUUACUCUCCGUCUCUCUGACACUCACAAUCAGUAGCCUGUAUGUAGAACCACGUAGCAGCAGCAGCAGCAGCAGCUUUUGGAUUUUAACCACCAUCCUCCUCCUCAUCAUCACCUCCUGCGGCUCGAAGCUUCAAUGGAUCUCUUUGAAUUCGACUUUUUCAGAGACUGGGAGCUUGAACAACCAUGUCAUCUGGAGUCAGAGCGCAGCGUCCUGAAGAGGAGGGAGUGGGAGAGGAGGAACCAGGAGGUCCAACAGGAUGAAGACCUGUUCUCUACUGGAUUCAACCUGUUUGGAGAACCCUACAAAACUAAUAAAGGUGACGCGUUGGCCAGUCGUGUCCAGAACACACUGGGCUCCUAUGAAGAGAUGAAGGACCUGUUAACCAGCCACUCCAACCAGAGCCACUUGGUGGGAAUCCCCAAAGGCAGCGCUGCCAACAACAACCUGCAGCAAACCCCGACCACCUCCACCACGGAGAGACCCGCCAUGGAGCCCAGCCAGCUGUUCAACGAAGCCCUGAGAGGAGGAACUGCUGGUGGAGGAGGAGCAGCAGAGGGAGGUGGGGACAAGAGGACGGCACCCUCUUCAUCUUCAGCUUCAAUGCAACCACCCGCUUCGACCACGUCUUCGUCAAACGCCACGACGGUCUCACAUCAGAAGAAGUCGCGGAGCUCCAUGGACUGGUCGAGGGGAGGCCAUGGACAGAACGCCCAGGCAGCAGGCCUCGUCCUGGGGCUGGGACAGAACGGACAGGGGCAGGUGGCAGCAGCAGCUGCUACAAGCAGCAGAGGGAAGAUGUCUUUAUUAGAGGAGCAGCAAAUGCAAAGGCACGAAGAGCUGUUUAGCUCACUGAAAGAUGAACUCGGUCUAAAGGAAGAUUCAAGCCCUUCCUCCUCCUCAUCCUCUUCCUCCUCUUCUUCUUCUAGGAGACACUCCUCCCACCCAUCUAAAACCCAUCCUCUCCCAGAUGGUGCCAAUUUUCGAUCUGCUACCAUCGACGGCGGCCACUUUAAGUCUUCCACUAACACAGAAAAUGGUGGACAUUUUAAAUCCUCCCCGUUUGAAAAUGAAACCGGCUCUCACCUCUCAACGUCGUCCUCGCCGCUGGCUUCCACGUCGGUCCUGACGACGCCCACUCCAGGUCUGACCACGCCCACAUCUGGACUGACCACGCCCACCUUCCCACCUGGGAGCCUGACAGGGAAGCCGAUCGCCGUGCAGCAGAAGCCCACAGCGUACGUUCGGCCAAUGGACGGACAGGACCAGGCGCCCAGCGACUCCCCCCAGCUGAAGCCCCCUCUAGUGGCCACAGAGGGAUUUAACAGCAGUCAGUCUUACGGAGGAAACUCUGGAAAUGUGAAGAACAAGCUGCCAAAGCUGAGUCUCAGCCACACGGGAGAGGUCAGCCUCCCAAAUGACUCCAGCUGUGUUGAAGAGAUUUUGCGGGAGAUGACCCAUUCCUGGCCUCCUCCGCUCACAGCCAUUCACACUCCUGGGAAAGCUGAUCAGACCAAGUUUCCAAUCCCAAACAAGGAGUCACAGCAUGUGACCUCAGGCUACAACACCCAGAAGCGGUGUACUGUAUCAGCUAACAAGCCUGCUGCUAAACCACCAACAGCACCGCAGAAGUCAAUGUUGGAGGAUGACCUGAAGAUCAGCAGCGAUGAGGAAGAGGCCGAACAACAGGUGUCUGACAAGCCCAAAGCCAGAGGCACAGCUCUGAGCGGUGCAUCGGGGAGCAGCAGUGAAUCAGAGAGCAGCUCAGAGUCUGACACCGACGAGUCAGAAAGCAGCUCCAGUGACAGCGAGUAUAAUCAGGCCUCCCGCACAAACACUCCAGAGCCGGAGCCUCCAUCGACUAACAAAUGGCAGCUGGACAGUUGGUUGAAUAAGGUCCAAGCUCAAACCAAACCUCUGGUUCCUCCACAGCAAGAGCAUCAUGGCACAGGCUCCAUCAGCCAAGCUCAGGAGACUUUCUCUCCAGGGAGUGAAGCACCAGCAGUGGGUUCGACCACCAAGACCAAACCCUGUGGAAGCAGCAGCACGCCGGUUCCAGCUGCACCUACAGUCGAGCACAAGGAUACCAGGGCAACCUUCUGCCCAGGCAGAGAGAAGGCCAAGGCCAAGCUCAGCCAGAAGGCCUCAGGGGAGGGUCAGAGGUCGAAGAUGAGGCUGUCGCCGGGCCUGUUGUCAGGGCCAGAGGUCACGACCCCGAGGAGGAACACUACAGGGAAGAAACAGCCCAGACGGGCGGAGAGGUCAAACAGUGUGGAGGAUAAUCAGAACCAGACAUGGAGCCGGACAAACCAGCACAGCCCUGCAGCCAGGGACAAGGACCUGUUGCCUCCCCCCUCCCUGGAGCACCAGAACCCUGCAAGGCUGCGAAGCAAACCCCCCAGUGGGAAAACAGCCCCGAGAAAGGAACCUCGCAGUGCUACCAACACAAACAACAACACAGCCGCUCCACCGGCAGCGCUACAGCAGACCCCGGUGCCAGUACCUGCUGUCAGCGUAAGCCAGGAUAAAAGGAAACACAGAGGUCCCAGUACCAGGAUCACGCCCAAGUCCAGAGAAUUUAUCGAAACAGAUUCCUCCUCCUCUUCGUCAGAAUGCCAGUCGGACACCGAGGAAGCCAUCAAAAUCCCGACACUGCCACCUCAGCCGACACGCUCCGCGAUUAACACGCAAACUCUGUCCAACACGCAUAUCCACACACCUCUGCUCCCAUGUCUUGGCUCUGCCGGCAGUGUGGGGAGUCUGGGAACAUUUGGAGGGAAAGGAGUCCGAGUCAAAGAUGGUAGCAAUGUGACCACUAAUGGUAGCAGCAGUAGUAAUAGUAGCAUCAGCAGCGGCAGUAAUGGCAGCGGUAGCAGCUGUAACUCCCUCAGCAUCAGCAACAUCAGUGGUUCAUUUGGUACGUCUGUUCCCGAUCCUGGAGGGCUAGGAGGGCAGAGUAAAGACCUGGAGUCCAUGUCGCCACCUUCCAAUAUGGGACACGAGGUGCCUCUUUCGCCCUUAAGGGAAUAUCAGGAGAUCCAGAGUUUAUGGGUGAAAAUCGACCUGAGUUUGCUCAGCAGGGUUCCUGGUCAGGGGCUGGGGGAGAGAUCCAGGGUGGGCAUUGCAGAAAGAGAUGGAAGUGAAGGGAGAGAGAGGGAGAGGAUAGGUGUGGCAGAGAGAGAAAGACAGAAACAGGAGGAGAGAGACUGGCCGGCGCUGAGAGAGAGACAGAAACUGACAAAAGGGGAGAGACAGGAGGAAGAAAAUGAGCGAUUAGUGCAGGACAGAGAGAGGCAAGGUGACAGAGACAGAUUAGCAGAGAGGGAGAGGCAGACAGACAGAGAGGACAGGGAGAGAUUCGGACUCGGGGAGAGGACGGCGGCGAGGGACAGGGAGAAGAUAUGCCAAGGUCUGGGGGUCCUGGACAACCCCCCUGUGCAGGAGCAGAGUAAUCCCAGGCUGGCCGGGAGGACGGAGAGAGGAGAGAACGGAGGUAAACACAGGAGGCAGGCAGCUGCAAACAUGGUGGUUCCAACAGAGAAACACACCAGCAAGAGCAAGAGGAAACACAAGUCGGACCACGGAGAGUCUUCGGUCAACGGCAAUAAGAAGCUGCGACUGGACAAAGACUGUCUGCUUCUCCCGCCCUGCAUCUCACCGAUACACAACCACAAGAACAGCUCAGCAGACAGCUCUAUAAACAGGAAGCAGUCUCGACGGCGGGACGAGAAGCUGCUCCCUCCCCUCCUGUCCCCCCUCUCUGAUGAUCCCCCUCGAAAACGAAGCUGCGACGGCGGUUCCUCUCUCAGCCAGGAGGGCGGCGCCGCCGGGAUACUGCCCUGCUCCACCUCCUCAACCUCCACCUCCUCUUCCUCCUCACACAGACACAGGAGAGGGGAAGGAAAGGCGUCUUCGCACGUGAGAAACGGCAACGAAAUAGAUUCCCACAGCGAGAAGCCCUGCGGAGACAGUUACCAUGCCAACGGCCAUUCAGACUCGGAGGCGUGGUCGGAACCGCUGAUGGAUCCCGCAGAACCUCGCAGGCCGAGACUGUCGUUCAGUGACACAGUCCACAGCGCCGAUUUCUACAUGCAGGAGGCCAAGAGACUGAAGCACAAGGCUGAUGCUUUGAUGGACAAAUUUGGUAAAGCGGUGAACUACGCAGACGGAGCUCUCUCCUUCAUUGAGUGUGGAAACGCUAUGGAGCGAGAUCCGCUGGAGGCCAAAUCACCGUAUACGAUGUACUCUGAGACCGUGGAGCUGAUCAGGUACGCCAUGAGGUUGAAGAACUUCACCAGCCAUUCAGCCACCGUCUCUGAAAAGAAGCUCGCUGUGUUGUGUAACCGCUGUCUGUCUCUGCUGUAUCUGAGGAUGUUCCAUCUGAAGAAAGACCACGCUGUCAAGUACUCGCGGUCGCUCAUGGAGUACUUCAAGAAUUCAGCCAAGACUUCCCACCAAGCCCCGUCUCCGUGGAGGACCAAUGGGAAGGUCAACGGGACUCCAUCUCCCCUCUCUCUCAGCCCGUCUCCAGCCAGCAGUGGAGGAGGGGGAGCAGGAGGGGGAUCCGGAGGAGCACCAGGGUCGGCAGGCAGCGUGGCGAUCCCCCAGAGGAUCCACCACAUGGCCGCCAGUCACGUCAACAUCACCAACAACAUCCUGCGGAGCUACGAACACUGGGAGACGGCUGACCGGCUGGCCACCGACAGCCAAGACUUCUUCCAGGAGCUGGACUCUGUGAUGGAGCCGUUGAGUCAGCAGAGCAGCAUGACGGAGCUGGUCCGCUACAUCAGGCAAGGACUGCACUGGCUCCGCAUAGAGGCUCACCUGCUGUAAAGACUGGACCAGAGCCAACAUUUUCAAAAGAGAAACGGGCCUGGGAGCUAGAACUGGGAUAACGAGUGAGAUGAGACUCUGGACGAUGCUUCGGUUCCCACUGGGAUCCUUCAAAUGACCCGACGCCACGCAUGGUAAUGUAAUGGCAAACACUGGGUGGAUAAAUUGGACUGAAAUUCACCAGCAAUUAGGACUGAGCAGUGAAUAAGUUUGGGAAUUUCAGCUGGGAAUCACAAAAUACAAAUUAGUGUAUUAAAAAUCUGGCUGAUGCUGCUUGUUUUGGAGCAACAGUUUGUCAGUGCUGGUAGCUUUAAAUGCUGAAGGGACAAUGCUGUGCUCCUAACCAUCCUGUGUCCCUGAAUAGAAAGGUAGAAAGGUUUUACUAAGACGGGAUCAUUUUCAAAAAGAUAAGUGAGAGGCUGGUGUGAUUAAGGAGGCUGAAUGUAGGAAAAGAGCUCAACCGGGGCUCAUCUCCUCCAGCAGUGGACCAGAAAUGUGCCGGUGAUUGGGACUAGAAUUAAAGCCUCAGGCUGCUAUUGAUCCGAGUGGAAUAGUACCGGUCCAAUCCAUUAGAUAAGGACCACACUAGUAAAGGAAGAGGCUCGGCUAAAACCACAAGAGCUGAAUUAAUGGAGGUUGAAUCAGCGUUCUGCUUCUAUUUCAGUCCAUCUUCUGUCUUUAGAGACGAAGCCUCAGAAACAAGCUGACAACCAGAAGCUGCUGCGUGGAAAGAAUUAUGGCCAAAUCUGUCAAAUUUGACAUUUUUACAUUUAGAUUUGCUCCCUAAGUUGAUGACCUUCCAGGUUACCAUCAGUUUAUUCAAAUACCUCACCUGACUCUUAAUACAUUUUUCUUGGUCUUGUCUCAAUAUAAAUGAGCUUUAUUAUCAUUAAACGUAAGAAAUACAAAAAUUUGACAGUGCUUUAGAUUGUAUCCCACAGAUUACAGUGUAAAUAUAAACUACUACUUAUGGUGUAGUAAGAAAACACUUUUUUGGGUACUUAUUCUGGAUCAAAUCUGUAACCAUAGAGGAAAAACACAAGAGGAUAAAGAAUAAGGAGAAACAAGUGUGUGGUAAAGAGCAAGAAAUAAAUGACACUGCACUUAUAUGCUAAAUUUAUAUUAAAUAAUGACAGACAGUAGUGUUGUUACUGGGUAGAAAGACAGGAAACAUCCAAGAAAAGGAGUACCACAGUGUUUUUUCCUGCAAAUGAGAAAUAGUUUUGGUGAUCCUCCAAAGAUAUUUCUGUCAGCACCAAAGAAAAAUCACCAAAAUGAUAAGAAUUGAGGAUAAAAGUUAAUUGGAGUUUCAUUUACUUAACAAUAUUGCACAUUUUAUUAGUUUUCAAGGGUUCAUAAAUAACAAGAAAAUGCAUAAAUUUCUGUCAAAUAAGACAACACAGACGCACUGCUGUUACCGUAUGGGGACAAAUCAUGCUUGCUGUUGUGUGCAAUCACCCCCCAAAGACUCAUUUGGAGCAGGAAAAACCCUGUAACGGCACCGACGCUGCAGUGAAACUAGCUGUAGUGAAGUUAUGAUACUGGAAACAUGCACUGUAAAAAGUGGGUAAAUAUGGUGUUUGUUAUUAUUAUUAAAGGGAAAGUUGUGCCUUUGAAGCUACGGCUGUGAGACAGUUGUGUACGUUUGCAAAGUUAACAUAAAGCCCUGGGGAGCAGCAAAGUUAGAUUAAAUCAAACUGGUGAUUAAAACUGAUAUUAGAAAAAAAAUGUAGUUUUAAUCCUUUAUAAGACACAGCUGUUAGGACUUAAAGGCUGCUGGUUAACACUUAUUUACAGUGUCAUUUAUUUUCAGGCUCUUAUUCCCUUGUCAUUUGUGAUCUAAAGCAUUACCCAAUUUCCUUCUCUUUGUUUGAUGAUUGAAGCCAAUGCAGCAGCCAUCUGAGGCCUGGUCCACAUGUGCAGGAGCAUUUAUCAAAAAUCUCUUUCCUCCGCAAAUCUGAGUCCACAUUCUAAUGCUAAAACACAUUAGGUUCAAUACGAUCAUCUUUACCGUCAUUGCACAAGUACUAAGACAACAAAAUGUAGUUUCCCAUCUAAGCAGAGGUACAAGACAAGCAGUAAAGUUUAUUACAACGCCCUCCAUAAUUGUUGGCACCCCUGGUUAAGAUGUGUUCUUUAGCUUCUAAUUAAUUCAGUUUUUUCUAAAUAAUAUAGAACAACAAUGAAAAAAGAGGGAAAUCCAACCUUUAAUUCAAGUGAAUUUAUUCAGUGGGGACAAAAAAAAUCACACAUUAAGAAAUAAUUAUUUUACAUCAAAUAAUGUGUGCCACAAUUAUUAGCAACCCUGAUUUUAUUACUUUGUACAACCCCCUUUUGCCAACAAAACAGCACCUAAGCUUCUCCUAUAAUACAUUUUUCAGUGUGAGAGUAUGCUUCUGCAAUAAAAAUUGAAUUGAUUUUAAGGCUUUCAACACAUCUUAACCAGGGGUGCCAAUAAUUAUGAAGGGCGCUGUAUGUACAGACCGAUCAGAAGCCUGAAAAAAUCGAUUACACUUUCCAGUAGGCUAACCACAGGCUGUUCUUUGCCAAAUAAUGCAUAGUUAUGAUGUGCAAUGUAAGAGUAAGGCCUUGAUUUUACCCCCUUACAGACCUCCACAUGGAGCUAUCACACUGUUACUUCUGCAGAGCAUGAACGGUUCUGUCCUCAGACAGUUACCUACGUGUGGCUAUUGCAAGUUGGACCUGGUAACAAAAUUUGUUUUACAUGGACCCUUGUGAACCCUUGCAUACUCUGGAAUACAAAGUAUUUUACCUAAAUGUAUAUUUAUGCAUAAUCAAAUCAAUUGUCCUGUUAGCAUGGUUAGCCCCAGCACUACUUUGGCCACCAUUAUACAAAAUCAUGAGUAAGUAAGUAAAAUGUAUUUAUAUAGUGCCUUUCACAGAUAUAAAAUCACAAGGUGCUUUACAACCUAAGUAAAACAAGGAUAAAAACAAAAAGAAUAAUGCUAAAGGUAUUAAACUGUUUAAACAGAGGAGCAGCAGCUAAAUUACAGUGCAUCAAAACAAUAAAUAAAAUAAAGCAGUUACAGGUCAACAAAAACGUUUUCAGCUGCCUCAUAAAAGCUCCACAGGAGUUGACCAAUCUCUGCUGUAGAGGAAGAGCAUUCCACAGUUUUGGUGCAAAAGCUUGGAAAGCACAGGCACCUCGGGUUUAUACUUGGAACGAGGGACAGCAAGUAAAAUCGUCUCAAUCGUCAAACUCAGACUCUUGCAAGCUAAAACUCAUCCUUUCCUGUCUACACCACAAAUGGAAUUUCCAAAUAUCUUAAACUUUUACAAAAUGGCCCUUUUCAGUGACCUGAAACUGUGUUUACUUGUGGACAAAACACACAGAGCUAGCUACUUUUUAUGUAAUACCCAUGUGCAUGUGGACAACGCCAGACUGUUCCUAAAAAGGACAGUCUAAAAGUAGCAUUACUAAUGUGAUCAGACGUGUUGGUACCACUCUGUUCAGGACAUGGACCUGAACGUCUGUAAGAGUCAGAUGAGCUUUUUGUUUAAGUAGAACCUGGUCAGAAGAACAAGCAGUCAGCUUACUGGUCCCACAAACUAACCUUUUCUUAAGUCAAAUAAAGCACUUUUCUGGUUCUCCUCUUGCUGGUUAUGGGCUUUCGUGAAAUUCCACUCAGUUCUAGUUCCCAUAGUAACCCACCCACUGAGGCGUCAAACACUUUCGGGGGGAAAAAACUACAAGAUUCAGUAUGAUUUGGCUCUAAUUAAGCCCCCACCCACGUGCAGAGCAAGUAAACAGGGUGAGAAUCUCACAUCGGCUUUUCUGCCCUGAUGUCAAAGUAAAAUCUGCGACUUUGUACAGCACUUAAUGAGAUCAAAUCAACUGCUGGGUAUCUUAUAGUGGUUUCCCAACAUUUGUUGUGUUGUGUUGUUAGUGUGUAUACGUGUACAGCUGAUUGUCAAGUCUAUUUAAAUCAUUACCUGACGGAACAAUAACGAUGUGUGUGUACCAUAAUGUACAGACUGUGACUCCUGAAAACAGUGUUUGUUUUUUUGUUUUUUAGUCUCUUGUGAAUGAGUCAGUGUGAAUGAAUGAAGAAACAAGAAAAUAGGGAUCUAUGCGUGUGUGUGUGUGUGUGUGUGUGUGUGUGUGUGUGUGUGUGUGUGUGUGUGUCCAUGCACAGGCUAUGGCUGCAUUUACACAGCACCAAAAAUAAUGUGUUUUUACCUCUUUGUGGCACAUUAAAACAAGAGUCUUCACAGUUUCUAAGUGAAUUCUCUGAAAUCUUCACAUGUGCUGUAAAGAUUUAAAAUCCCUUUAUUGUAGCGGUCUCUGUAAAUCCAGCACAUCAAGCAUGAGUUUUUAAGUUUUGGAUCAUUUGACCAUCGCUGAAUGUGUAUGGAAGACAAUGCGGAUGUGAAAAGUAAUUUUCACUUUGACAAAAAGAAAAAAGAAAAAAAAAAGAAACUCAAGUGCCUCUAUUUGUGUCCGGUGGGAAUUGCUCUAUUUAUUUAAAAACAAAGAAUGAAUCUAAAUGAUUUUCCAUACCAUAUUGGUAUAAAUAUGAGAUUGUUUUUCGUAAAAUCAAAUGUUUCCAUAAGCUUUUUACUGGCGUUUAUGAUGACACCAGGGUUUGGCUUUAAGAAAAAAACGUGUGAUUUAAAGUGUCAAAUUUGCAUCAGUUGCUGUAAUCAGUUGCUUUUCUUUUUUUUAAUGAUUUGAGCAAGAAUGGGUUUGUCUGAAAUGCCUGAAAUUUUAAAGUCAUCGCAUGCAAUAAAUGAUAGCUUCAGACCAAGAACUACUUGUGUCCAUUUUGAAAAAAGAAAAAAAACAGUCAAUGUAUUUCUUGUUGCACAAGUCAUUUUCAGUGUGAAUGUUCGCCUUCACCUGGAAACACGAAGCCGCUUUAAGUGAACAACACUGACAGGACGUGUCCACCAAAGUGAUUCUCCUGAGGCCAGCAGAUGGUUUUUAAUCAUUUGCACUUCCACUAUCUGCAUGUUACUAUUUUCUAAAUCAUUUGCUUUGGAGAAACAACAACAAACACCUCUGAGGAUCAAUGUACACAGUAAAAACACCAAAUUUUGCUGAGCAUUUGGAUCAUGCAGUAAGGCAGACCCGCUGGUUUAUUUUUUGAAGUGGCCGUUUUAAUCGCAGUGUUCGGCUGCCUGCAUCCAAAUGCUUCACUAAAUCAGUUCCCCAGUUAUUACUUUGUAGGGGCACCAUCACUGUAUCCUGGGCUUGAACUAUUGUAUCGCUUUAAAGAAAUACAACUAGGCUUUAUCCUUCCUAUAGCAGAAUGAUAAUGAGAUACAGAUUAUUAAAUGGUCAUAAUGGUCUGCAAGAUUUACAUUUCGCUAAAAAUGUCAGCAGCAUGCUAAUUUUUUUACAGUUAAAUAGACUGUCCUCUCUAUUGUACUUACAUUCAUACAUUUGAUAACACAAACUAUCUGCAGAUUUUUGAACUACAUGCAGUAUUUUAUUUCCACAAAUAUUCCAUAUUAUAGCAACCAAAAUGUCUCAGCUGAAAAAACAAACCAAAAAACAAAACAAAACUGUACAUCCAAAACAUUUAAAAGCACUACCAGCUGGCCAAAAACACAUUGGUGGACAUGUCCCCUAAAGCUAAUAAUCUCAUACUCAAAAACAACGCAAAACCUUCAGUAAAAAAUUAGAUAUUUUGGUAAUUACACUAUUUCUGCUUAUUUCUCGCUGAGAGUAAGAUACAGCGUUCAUGUCUGUGCAUUAAAUACGUAGCUAGAGCUAGCAGCUAGUUAGGUUAGCUUAGCAUAAAUGCUGGGGAUGCUGAAACAACGAGUUUGGCUCCAUCCGAAGGUAGCCAGAUGUGUCCAACACUCUCUGAUAAAACACAUUGUAUGUAGCUUGUUUAUUAUGUCCAAAAACAUAUAAAAUGUAUAAAGGACACAUUUGGAGGGGGUUAUAGAUUGUUUCUUGUCUGGGCACAAUAAAUGUUUUUGUACAGCCUAAAUAAUAACAUAAUGUCUUAAUAAGUAGGCUUCUGGGAAGCAGUAGUCACAUGUUGUUAACUUUGGACAGAACUAAGCUAGCUGUUUCCCCUAGUUUGUAGUCUUCAUGCUAAGCUAGGUUAAGUGGCUGCUAAUGGUAGACCUUACAGCAGCAGUGGAGCCACACCUACACAUGAACUCAUAGAACAAUUUAAGUUGUCAACAGUCAAAAAGCAUACAUUGGAACACCUAUUAAAAGAACAGAGACCAAAAGUAAGUAUUGACCUACAGCGAGCUCCAUCGAUACACUACAGUACAGACUGGUAUCAAUGUUGUUGUCUAACUCUCAGCCAGAAAGCAAACUUGUCAACUAUUCUGUUAAAAUGGACUCAUGUUUCUUCAUCUGAACUCCUGAAAAUGUUUACUAGUGACAUUUCUGGACAACAGUCCAAACUCCUUCCUGUUGUUCAGCAAAAAUGCCUUUUAAAGAUGUUUUUUUUUUUUUAAUUGUUUGAGGUCAUGAAGCCAAAUUUGGAAUGUCCCAAUGAGCCAAUCAACUUCUACGACAGCCAACACACAAAACCCACAAUCUGUUUCUGUUUGACCUCAGUCAUCAGCAGUCAGUAGUUGAUCCACAGUGUUGCUCAGUCCAAUUCAAUGAUGUUUGGUGUCGUUUUGUUUUAUGGUGAAACAGUGAUGUUACUAUAUGGUUAUUGUUAAUUUCACUCAAUGGUCCCUUCUUUUGGUUAUAUGCAGCGGUAAAAUACACAAUAAUAUGCUGUAAAAAGUCAAAACCAUUGCAUUGGUGACAUGGGAGACAUCAGUUUCAUCCCACUACGACGCCACAUGAUGGCUGCAGUAAAUGUUGAAUUCAUGCAACAGUUCAUUUAUAUGCAAUGUCAAUAUGUGGGUAUAUUCUGACACAUUUUGGAGGCAGACUCCCUCAGCAUGGCCUGUUGUUCUGCUGGCAUCUUAUUAAAUAUCCCAUUAGCUCCUGUUGCAUUAUCACAGUUGUCAACUUGUUUAUCAAAGGCAGCAGCGACAGAGAAACAACAUCACUGCUGUUGUGAUGACAAUAGAGAGAUAAACAGACUGAUUUAUUUUUUGACAACAGAUGGAAGCAAGCUGAUAAUACACGGAUAAUCUCUCCAGUUGUGAUGAGUGUCUCGAAUAUUUGUUUGCAUUUCACAGAAUCUCAGAUACUCUUUGAUUGCUUUGGAAAUUACCAGAACAGGCUAAUACAGUAAAUGAAUUAACAGUAUUUACAAGGAUAAUAAAGAGUUUGGUUUCUUUCUUUGAAAAUUCCUAUAAUCUAUCAGAAAGACACUUUUGUCUUGUUUGUUUUUUAUAUUCAACUGUCCUUAGUUGUACAAUCAGCAUCAUGCAACAGUGUUAGAAAUAUAAAAGACUAUUCUGUAAUAAAUAACCAUUUGCUGAGGUCACUGGAAGCAGACCAUAAUACGCUCUCACCACCACACUGUUCGCUUGUAGAAAAUAAGUGCUAAAUGUUACAUAAUGUUUCUUAAUUUAUGAUUAUUUAUAUUUAACCAACAAGUCCCUUUCAAUUUGUUCCUGAGAAAAUAAACUAGUGUUGUCAUAGAAUUCACCAACUUGGUGAAUAAGCCCUGCAACUAAAUCACUGUAGCUCUGUCUACAUGUCUUUGUUUGCAGAGCAAGUAAAAGGAAGAGUUCAGCACUCUGGAUUUUGUGAAUGAAAGCUUGGAUGUGGAACCAGGAGGCCUUUAGCCUAGCUUAGCAUACAGCUAGAAAGCCAGUAGAACCUGCUCACCUCCCUCUGUUCAAAGUUUGUAUUCCGACUGUCAAGUCAUGACCAAAAGAAUUCACGAUGCCUGUAUUGCCAUAAUAGCUACAUAAAAUUAGACAAACUGUUAUGGGUUAAAUGUAUUGUUACUCCGCCAAGGAAUGCGUCGGAUCAGCAUAUAUCUGUCUGUCUGUUCGCAACAUUACUCAAAAACAGUCUGACGGAUUUGGAUGAAAUUUUCAGGGAAGGUCAGAAAUGAAACAAGGAUCAACUGAUUAGAUUUUGACAGUGAUGCAGCUUAUAGUCUGGAUCCAUGGAUUUGUUAAAGAUUUCUGUAUCAUUGCUAGAUAGCGGUACACUGUCACUGUAACCAUGACAACAAGUGAACACUAUAUCAGCUGCCUGCUGAUGAUCACAUGACUGUUAUCCUACUACAGAUCGACCACUGCAGACUUAUCAGGACUUAUCCAUCAGAAAUGAUACAAGGAGUAAUUGAUUAAAUUCUGGGGAUGUUUCUGAGUCCCAUCAGUUCCACCCGCUACAUAUUUAGGUCACGUGAUUUGGUAUCCAUUCAUAACGUACACAUAUAUAACACACACCUGAGUUCAGAACAAGGUCAUUUUGUUUGUAGAUACAUCUACAUUAAAUGGACACAUUCUACAGUGUUGUGAUUUCUGAUUAUCAAUAACUAAUGAACAAAUGCUAAAAAUGGCAAUGCCAUAUGGAGGAAUGAACAGCCAGCUGCAACUCAGUUAUUUACAAAAAACAGCAUGAAAAGGGUUACAUCAAUGUUGUCUCAGUGUUAUCAGUUAAAUGACCAAUUAUUAAACCAUUUUUUUAUAUAAAUGAAUGUGUUGCAACCCGACUUAAAACCCCAACAAUUAUGAAUUCUAGCAUUAUUAGUGACAACUAAGGUAUAAAUAGGAGCUUCAAAUAAGUUUAGAGUUGUUUUAUUGUUUUUUAAAACAGAAGGAUCGUUUUCUGCCUUUUAUCCCGUAAUAGUUAACAUAUAAACGAGAUUUUAAAAAAUCAGCUUUGGUCACUUUUGUAUUGGUUCUCUUGCUUUUACCUUUUAGUAAUGUUUGGAUUUUAAUAUGUUUUUUGGUUUAAUGUCAUCAUGGAUCAUGCAAACUGCAAAUAUUCACUUACCUUACUUGGAGAAAAAUUAAGUGGCAGUAAAGUUCAGGUACACUCCUGCAGCAUUACAACUCUGAUCAUUUGUGUAUUAUUAACAUUAUGUCAACAUUUAAUUAAUUAAAUAUUAUGCUACAUGCAGACAUCCCUUAAUAUGGAAACCACCCAAAAAGUCACAAUUUAACAAGGUGUGUCUUGCUUGUCUUUUUAAUGUGUACGCAUAAUCGUCAUUCAUCCACAUAAAUAAGCCUGAUACAGUUUGUCAAUUAGCAGCAUUGAUGGUCAGACUUUUAAACUUUGGACAGAACAGGUCUUGUCUUUAUGCUAAGCUAAGCUACAAACCUCCUGGUUCUGGUUCCAUAUUUAACACUAUAUACAUAUAAAAUAAUCAAGAACAUUCCCUCGAAUGCUAACUCUGCCUUUAAACCUGUUGUAGUAGAAAACAAAUACUGCUUAUCCUACAGUGAAGCUGCUUCUCAUUUAAUCAGCAUCUUAUUCAUCACAUAUCAGCUGUGUUUUCAUAAAAUUUGUCAACUUGCUCCCUAUUUUACAGUAAACAGCUAAAAAAAAAGCAGAAUUGUAAUUCCAACCAAUCAGUUAUACCAUAUUCCUUUUGAAAUCACGUUAACUUCCACCACGGAGCAUUCACUGUCUCGUGUAUUUCUGUGAUUGCCACUUUGCUUCCCUCCUGCAGCAUUAAAUCAUGUGGGAAAUCAAAACAGACCGAGUGAAACCGACCCAUUAAACACAAGUUUCUUUAAGGUUAUCAGUCGUUCGGUUCCCUGCGGUGCUGGUUGGAUUCUGCUCCACAACUCUUAAUAAUGAAUCUUCAGAAGUGUGAGAUGUAGCAGUUUUUAGGCAUCAAACCAUAAUAGUGAAAUUGCUUGAGAUUCAUUGGUAUAAUUAUCUGAAAAACUGGGACUGUGGUAACAUCUUAUGGCUUGUGGAGCCUCAGUAGUCCUCAGCAGGAGCAGCACCCUUUUCCUGAUUAGUGCCAUAAAGCAUCCAGACUCACAGUAUUCAUGGGGAUAGUCGGAUUUGGUUACAGCAAUUACACAGAAGAGUCCAAAUCUGUUUUUAUAAUGUUAAAAUGUUGGGCAGAACCUGUUGGGCACCCAAAUACGAUUCCAUUUACUCAUUUCAAGCCACAUUUUGGUGGUUCUGAGUACAGCAGCAACACAGUGCCUCUGAUCCAACCCGACACAGCGGUCUGUGGAUCUGACGUACAUCACUGCGUAAACACAACAUUGUAAAGACAAACUAACACACCUGUCCAACAUGGGUUGCAUUGUAUUUUUAAAAUGUGUUGCACAUCUUCAGCUGUUUUUCUGUUUCUAUCAGUGCGAUCUUUUGGCCUUUUCUAUUGUUCUUUUUAUAAUGAAGUUGUUCUAUGUGAUGAUCAGAAGUUGUGACGCAGUUCCAUUGUUUUUAAAUAUUUAAUGUCUCUGAAAUAUGGAUUAAAAUCUGUUUGAAAAAGUGA